GCUGGUGAUUUUUGGCGCUGAUGGCGCUCCGUACUCAAGACUUCUGCACUGACUCUCAGAUGUAAACGCGUCUUCAGCUGUUGCUGUCAUGAUCGGAGACGCCGCGCACAUUUUCCCAGCAGAAGAUGGUUUGUUUGAGGAGACGUUCAGCACGGAAAACACAUACAGAGUCCACGGACUGAACAUCAGGAUUCAGCAGGAUUACAGCGCGAGCCUGGGCGUCGCUGCGUCAGUCUGGGACUCCGCUCUGCAUUUAUGUCAGUUCUUUGAGAAGGAGUCUCUGGAUCUCAGUGGGACGCGGAUCAUAGAGUUGGGUGGAGGAACAGGACUGGUUGGCAUAGUGGCUGCACGAUUAGGAGCCCAUGUGACCAUCACAGACUUACCUUCUGCUGUUUGUCAGAUCGAGAGGAACAUUGCGGUGAACACGCCGCUCUCAGGAUGGCCCUCGGACGGCCCCACGGUGUCAGCGCUGGCGUGGGGCCUGGACCACCGCCGAUUCUCCUCCAGCUGGGACUUUGUGCUGGGCACAGACAUCGUCUAUCUGCCUGAAACCUUCCCUCUUCUCUUGGACACACUGGUUCAUCUGUGCCGGGACGGGGCUGUUGUCUAUCUGGCGUCAACGAUGCGCAGAGAACACGGCGCUCAAGACUUCUACGACCGCAUGUUACCGCAGAUGUUCGGCGUGGAGCUCGUGCACAGAGAUCCUGACAGCAAUAUCAAUAUUUAUAAAGCUACUUUGAGAUGAGCCCUCCAUCCGUCCUCCAUAUUAGCAUAUUAGAGUCUAAUUUUAUAUCUGAAGCUGGGAAGUUUGAAUAUUGGGGAGUAACAGGACACAUAUAAUGCCAUUAUGUAUUUAUAAUACAAAAUAUUCCUUUAUGGUUGCUGUUGAAAUCUUUUGAGCCCAAUAUGCAUUUCUAUACUUCAACUAAUUUAAUUAAGUGUGAACAUGAUACGAUAUUGAGAUAUGGUUUGAAAUUAUUUAUUUUAGUAAGUUUUAGAGGAGGUUAUUCUCCAAACACUUAUGAAUGUACAGUGUUAUAAUUAUAAUGCUAGUUUUUAGAUAUGGGUAAGAUACAGCAGCUUUAAAUAUUAAACCGAUAAUGCGGUAAAACCGUAAAACCAGUCAUGUGUGAUUAACCAUUAAGUGUUGCUUAAGUAAAGGUAUUGUUAGUGAUCCACAAGCCCCAGUGUGACUCCUGUUAAAUACAUUAAUGCCGUAAAAAGGCAUUUUAAAAUAGUACCUUUAAAGGUAAACUUUCCAUUUCAGAAAUGUAAAAUAAAACUGUGCAUGAAUUUUACUGUUCCUUGUGUAUGGCACUGUAAUUGGAAAAUGCUGAAAUUAUGAGAACUGAAGCUUUACGACAAGUUUAACCCCUUACUAGUAACCCCCCUUUUUUGGCAUGGAGACCGAAAUUACAUACCCAAAAUAAAAAGGUUUCUGCUCA